AUGAGCUCCAGGCGUGCGGGCGCCGGCUCGCGCCGCAGCAGCUCGAGCCGCAAGCAGGCGCUGGAGGAGAUCAAGCGCAUGCGCGAGGGAGGCGGCGGCGCUAGCGCGGCGGCGGAGGAGUCUGCCUCGUCCUCCUCGCGCCUGGCGCAGUACAAGCCGCAGGAGGAGAGCAUCUACAAGGCCGUGACCGAGCAGGAGUACGAGGAGAUCGUGCGCCAGCGCCGCCAGGGGCUGCCCUUCGUGGAGAACGACGACGGAGAGAUGGGCUACUACGACGACGGCGAGGAGCAGUUCUUCGAGUCGGACCCGGAGGACGGCGGCGGCGCGCGGGACCGAGACGACGACGACGCCGCCGCGGCCGGCAAGAAGCGCAGCGCCGGCGCGCUGUCCUCGUCCUACGUGCGGCGCGCCAAGAAGAUGCAGCGCGCCAAGCUGGGCGUCGGCGGCGAGGGCCAGAAGAUCACCAACAUGUUCUUCUCGGCCUCGGCGGGCAAGAAGACGGCCAAGAGCGGCGCGGGGCCCCCCGGAGCAGCCAAAGCGACGGGCAGGGCCAAUGCCAAGAGAGACAUCGACCUGGACAGCAUGCUGGACGACCUCACGAGCAACCCCACGGAGUCGAGGCAGGCGUACGCGCGCCCCGUGUCGUACUCGAGCGGCACGUCGGCCUUUUCGAGCGGCACGUCGGGCUUCAGCUCCAGGAAGCCGUACUCGGCCAGCACCUCGGCGUUCGCGAACAAGGACAACGGUCCUGAGUUGGCCAAGCCCGUGAUGAGCAAGCGUGAGAUGAUGCUUCGCAAGGCGCGUGAAGCACGGCUGCAGACGUCUGCGCCCACUGCGAGGGCUCUGGCCGCGCCUGUGGAGCAGAAGCACCAGCCUGCAGACGUAUCAAUGAGCGCCGUGCCGUCCAAUGAAGUCGCCGAGUGGUGGAACGUUGCCGGUGACGACUCGAAUGUCAAGAUGGAGGACGCAGAUGAAGCCGAGCCCGAAGCUCCGGUCGGCGCCGCUGAUUCCAUCCAGAUGUACUGGAUGGACGCUGUGGAAGUGCGUGAACGCCCGGGCAAGAUCUACCUGAUUGGCAAGAUCAAGAUCCCGAGUCCCGAAGGAUCGAAGCAGCCGCCGACCUUCAGAAGUUGCUGCGUGGUCGUGAACAACCUGCAGCGAUACAUGUACCUGGUCCCGAAGGGCACCCCACUCAAUGAGCUAAGUGAGACGGAGCAGCAGGAGGCCUGGAUGCAGAUGCACGAGGAGAUCCACAACGUUCUGAUCCCGUCCUGCAUCACCAGUAGACGCGACCAGGAGGUUUUCAGGACCAAGCUCGUGGAGCGCAACUACGCCUUCGAAGAAGCGAACAUUCCGCGCGGCAAGAACCUGUUCCUGAAGGUCAAGUAUCCUGCUAGAUACCCGGCGCCGCCGUCCGACUUUUGCUCGCGUGGUGGAAAGACAUUUACUCGCAUUUGCGGUGCCUUUACUCGACCACUGGAGAAUUUCCUGCUUACUCGCCGCCUCCUGGGACCUGGCUGGGUUGAGAUCAAGAAUGUCCGCAAAUGCAACGAGGGCGUCAGCUUCUGUAAGAUGGAGUUCGAGACCUUCGACCCCAAGAAUGUGACUCCCAUUGCCGGUGGCAUGGCACCGCCUCCUCUUACGGUGAUGAGUCUCAGCCUCAAGAGUGUGUGCAACCCCAACACGGGUAAACACGAAGUGGUUGCUAUCUCUGCGCUUACGGAAACGGGCAUCAGCGCUGAGGGUGGUGGCAAGGGCACGAAGGGAGUUAAGCAUUCUCAGUCACACUUUACUGUGAUCCGCCCUCUGGAUGAAAACAACGGAUUCCCGCAGGCUUACGCGGACGCAGUUCAGCAAGAUAUUCGCUUUGGCAUGAAGACGGAGAAUGGCACCCGGGCUAUCAACACUGAACGCUUGCGAGUGGAGAUCAACGAACGUGUUAUGCUCAGCUAUUUCCUCAACCGCCUUCAGCUAGACGACCCGGAUGUCAUUGUUGGUCACAACCUGCACAAGUACGCGCUGGAAUUGCUUAUCUCCCGGAUUGACAACUUCAAGCUCGGUGGAUUGUGGUCAAAGCUGACUCGACUUCGUCGUGGUCGUCUAAAUCCGAUGAAUGUGGGUGAAGGCUGGAACGAGUACAGGAUGGACGACAUGGUCAAUGGUCGACUUUUCUGUGAUACGUACGUGUCAUCUAAAGAGCUGCUGCCGUCGCAGAACAACUACACACUUUCGUACCUUGUGGAGCGCCUACUGCACCAGCAGCGACUUGAUGUGGAGAUGACGGAGAUCCCUCAAAUUCUUCUUGGAGGCCCCGAGAAUUUCGUGAGGUUCCUUCGCCACACGCUGGAUGAUGCCAUGUUUGUGCUGCAGUUGAUGCACAAGCUUGAAAUCUUGCCCCUAUCGAAGCAACUGGCUAACUUGUGUGGUUACUUGUGGACACGCACGCUGGAAGCGAACAAACGUGCAGAGCGAAUUGAGUAUCUGCUGCUGCACGAGUUCAGUCGGUCGAAGAAUAAAUUUAUCGUCCCGGAGAAGUUCAAGACUCGAACUGAAGCCGACAAGUCGAACAAGAGGCGAGAGGCUUCGUAUGCAGGUGGUAUGGUGUUUGCGCCGAAGAAGGGUCUGUAUGACAACUUCGUGGUGUUGCUGGAUUUUAUGAGUUUGUAUCCGUCUAUCAUUCGAGAAUACAACAUCUGCUUCACCACGGUUGAGCGGCAGCUGAACGAGGAUGUGCCUGGUGCGCCGUCAGCUUCAAAGAAGAAAAAGAAAUCGAAGCCGAUGCCUCAGCCUGAAAACGACGAGGUUGUGGACGAUGAAGACGUGGAUCAGAACCUUGACAACGCCGACGCUAGCGCUGAUUCAGAGAUCCCGGCGCUACCGAGUAGUGCGAGCGAGCCUGGUAUUUUGCCUGCUGUGAUUAAGCGUUUGUUGGAGUCGCGUAAGCAAGUCAAGCAGCAACUGAAGAUUGAGCAGAAGGAGGGCAACGUGGAGAAGGCCAUUAUGCUUGAUAUCCGCCAGAAGGCCAUCAAGCUGACGGCAAACUCGAUGUACGGUUGUCUUGGUUUCCGAUUCUCACGCUUUUACGCCAAGCCCAUCGCUGCGUUGAUUACAUCGACUGGUCGACAGACAUUGCAGCGCGCGAAGGAGGUGGCAGAGCAGGAAUGUGGUUACGAUGUUAUCUACGGUGAUACGGAUUCCAUUAUGGUGGAUUCGCGCACUGAAACUCUCGACGAAGCCAAGCGCAUCGGUCGUGAAAUUCAGGCCCAGUGUAACAAGCAUUUCAAGUUGCUGGAACUCGAGGUCGACUACAUCUUCAAGCGGAUUCUGCUUCUGAACAAGAAGAAGUACGCAGCACUGGUUCUCAAGGAGCGUCCGAAUAGUGAGCCCACCUUCGUCAAAGAAGUGAAGGGUCUGGACAUGGUGCGUCGCGAUUGGUGUGUCAUCUCGAAGGCCGUGGGUAAUGAAGUCCUUGACUUCAUUUUGUCCGGAAAUUCUCGCGACGAUGUGGUGGAGAGCAUUCACGAGCAUCUGGAGCAGGUAGCGGAGCGCAUGCGCUCAGGUAAAGAGCCCAUUGCGCAGUAUGUCAUCACGAAGAGCCUGAACAAGCAGCCUGAACAAUACCCGGACCGCGCGAAGCAGUAUCACGUGCAAGUGGCGCUCGCGCUGCGUGCUCUCGGAAAGCCGGUCGGAGCGGGUACACACAUUCCGUAUGUGCUGUGCAAAGAGGAAGAGCCUGGAAGCGGUCGCCGUGCUUACCACCCGGACGAGGUGACGCGGGCUGGUGGAAAGCUCAACAUCGAUGUUGAGUGGUACCUUGAGUCACAGAUUCACCCACCGGUAAACCGUUUGUGCGCCCACAUUGAAGGAACAUCAAGUCCUCAGUUGGCGCACUGCCUAGGCCUUGACACAGCCAAGUUCUCGCACUCCGCUAACCACUUUGGUGAAGAGAAUGAUGGUGGCGAUGCGAUUCCCAGCGUUCUGCAGAAUGAUGCCGACAGAUUCAAGGACUGCGUUCCUCUGGAGAUCACGUGCGAUCGUUGCAAAAUGGCGAGCGCCUUCCCCGGCGUGUUCGGCACGUCUGAGAAGGACAGCUCGCUAUCGAGCGGACUCCUGUGCCCAGUGUGCAAGGCAGAUUUCUGGGGUUUCGACCAGGAGGGCAUUUACGGAAAUGUUGGCGAUGAUCUUGAGGCGGUGCUAUCUAACCGACUUCACAUCGCGACGCGUGAAGCGACGAAGAAGUAUUACGAGGCGUGGACUAUCUGUUCUGAUGUGACGUGCAAGACGCGGACACAAAAGCAGUCACUCCGCGGCAACGGAAAUAUUUGCUCGGCUGCUGGCUGCAGAGCAACCACUACGCUCGAGUAUCCUGACAGCGCGUUGUACACACAACUCAAGUACUUCGAGUCUUUGUUCGAUGUAGAGCGUGCACAAAAGAAGAUCCGAGAGCAGAAGGAACGUGCAUCAAGUACGACUACGACAACGGAGCCUCCGCCGCUUUCCGAUCGCCACCGUGCUGUACUGAAGAAGCUGCUUACCCAAGCUGAAGAGGCUGUCCACCGUGAUGACUACAACUGGGUCAAACCCUCCAUCUGGCAGACGUUGUUUACAUAA